AAUAGGCAUUCAGAAAAAGGGUAGGCCCAAGGGUUUAUUAAGGUGCUAAAUUAGUAGUCCUAGUGCAAAAUUGUGUUUUGUUAUGGCAAAGAAGGGUACAAUCAAACUAUAGGCCUAUCAUGCUGCGUUCUGUUCGUUCCUGAUGUUGACAUUUUAAUUGUGAAUAGGCUUACUUUCAAGAUUUACACAAAACGGGGAAGGGCAGCAGAAAUACGAGGUAAACCAUGAACAAAUCUCUACAAAUAUCCUAUUUUCGAGAGCGCAUCGUAAACUUGACAUUUUCCUCGUAUAGAUUGACGGGUAGGCUAUUUAAAAUGACAAUUUGUGAAGCGUGGAAAUGUACGCAGUGACCCAUUCCUAACAAAAGGGACAUAAUGGUAGCAUUUACAGAUGUUGAUCAUGGGAAAUCUUUAAAAAGAUKCAUAAUAUGAUUGCUUAGGAAAGGUCUACUUUAUUGCCAGUUCUGGACUGUUUCUAAAUGUUUAUUUUACUAUUUGUUUAGAUUAGGCUAUGGCUAUAACUAAACAAUWUAGGCAUAGACUACUUCAUUGUCACAGUGCAAUUCCUUUUUGGUGCUACACUUGUUCUAUUGGACGCGUCAUUUCUCCGAAGGGUGGCGUUUUACACCACUUUUGGCAGCUUUCCUGAAAACGAAGGUCCCCUUCACCAGUCGUAUCAGCAAUUCAGACUGCAUGCAAAUCAGAAGGGUGAUUGUGAAAGAAUCGAGAGAGAACCCUUUUCUCUCCCAGCCGGCAGCUUGGCUCGCACACGCAGUAGAUGCAUGAGUUCUGGCUGAAAUUUGGCGCUUCGUGGUCAAUAGGGAAAUUAGAAYCAUUAUUGUAACCGAAAUAGCGAGUAGGCUAUUGUUGCAACAUCAAUUUGUAGGCUACUUUGCGUCGCAGAGAUUUAAUUURGUCCGCAACUUUUUGUUAUCCGUUUUCGUGACCAUGGGUUCACAACAAACUCACUUGUACGGGUGGGCAUUGAUGAUAGUCGCGGUUUUCUGUCAACGGGGUCAUGAAAGUUGCCCGGAGAACGAUUUGGAGAAAAGGGAAGAGGAGGCCAACGUGGUUUUGACUGGCACCGUUGAAGAAAUCAUGAACAUGGACCCAGUGCACAAUACAUACUCUUGCAAGGUGAGGGUAUGGCGGUACCUGAAAGGAAAGACCAUGGUCAAUGGCGAGGUUCUUUUGGACGGUGGCAACAAGGUGAUGAUUGGUGGCUUUGGGGACCCUGAGGUCUGCGACAACCAGGUUGCCACUGGCGACACGCYCAUUUUCUUUGUCAACCUGGCUCCGGAGUUCAUGUGGCCAACGCACAAGAAUGAGCUGAUGCUCAACUCCAGCCUGAUGAGGAUUACCCUGCGUAACCUGGAGGAGGUGGAGCACUGUGUGGACGGUAAGCCGCCAUUUUGUUGUCUCCUCUCUGUCUCAACAGGACUGUAUGGAAUAGACACCCCAUCUCUAAGUGUCCCAUCUAAUAUGGCUGCAAGUGCCAGCCAGGUGAACUGA